GGAGGGAGCGCUUAGAGAAGCGGCCUGUGGACGGACCAGUCUUAGCAACGAGUCCGACUGUAAUGAAUAAGAAGAUCUGUGAGAGGCGAAUCCAGGCCAGCUACAGCAGUAGAUGCAAAACGAACCUGCGUGGGCUGAAUUGUCAUAUACAUUAAAUUAAUAUAUUUGGAUAUAUUCUCCCCAAUAUUUUAAAUUUGUCCAUAAAAAUGGCGUCGCGUUCCACUUCAUCUUCCCCCGACUCGGCUACAGGUUCAGGUACCGACCCUACCCGCCCCGAUACGGGGGAGCCACUGGGCGGUUCAGAUUCAGAUUCAGAUUCAGGUCCCGGGGAGGAGGGAUGUGGCGCCGGGGACUGGGGUCGUCGCCGGGAUGGCUCGGUGCUGGAAGCCGAGUUCGAAGCAGCGGCAGUGCGGCUGGGAGGGCUGAUUCAGUCUGCAAGCAGAGUACAGCUCCUUUAUUUAUACGCCAGGUACAAACAGGCCAAGGUUGGGAAAUGUAAUACAACAAAACCCGGGUUCUUUGACUUUGAAGGGAAACAGAAGUGGGAGGCUUGGAAGCAGCUGGGUGACAUGACUGCGAUCCAGGCAAUGCAGGAGUACGUUGCAUCUGUAAAGAUUCUGGAUCCCGAGUGGAAUCCCAAGCUGUCUGGUAAAAAGGGGAAAGAACAGAAAGUUGGGUUCGGAGGACCAGUAGUCAGCUCUCUCUAUCAAGAAGAGAUGAUCAGGGAAGAAGACAAGAAUAUAUUUGAUUACUGCCGAGAGAACAACAUUGAGCAUGUCACCAGUGCCAUCCAUUCCAAGACCGUGGACGUGAAUCUGAAGGAUGAAGAGGGGAGAGCAUUGCUGCAUUGGGCCUGUGAUCGAGGGCACAAAGACCUGGUGUCUGUGCUUCUUCAAAACAAAGCCAACAUCAACAGCCAGGAUGAUGAAGGACAAACUGCGCUACACUAUGCCUCUGCCUGCGAGUUCUCUGACAUUGUGGAACUCCUGCUGAAAGCUGGAGCCGACCCCUCAAUCAGGGACCAGGAGGGCAGUCUGCCGGAGGAAGUGACUGACUCCAAAGAGAUCUCGUCCCUGCUGCGCCAGCACGCUGCCCCCAAGGGCUGACGAGAGACUGACACUGCCUGUAAAUAUCUCCACUCACAUGGAGGGAAUGCAUCGUCUGAUUAAGCUGGUACUGGGAACUUGUGUGGAGUGGAUUUGGUAUUGACAGAAUGUAUAGUGCAUGGGUAUAAGAGGACUUGUGGAUCUCUACAAACCCAGGCUUUCAAAUAAAUUCUCUUACUUAUUGGCAAGAUUAGCAUUUAUUACAGGGGCUGGAAAUCGUGUCAAUUUUUUAUUCAAAGAUCCUCUAUCUUCUGUAAAUGUGUUAAUAAAGGUCUUGACAGUUAUUAACAAGGAAU